GCACAUACCUCUGCAAUGUUGGGUUGUAUUGGAGAGUCUCAGUCUUAAAUAAUUUUCCAUUCACAGUCUGUGCCUAUAUUUAGUUUUCAUGCUAGUAAGGGCCGAGUAUCCGCUCUCACAUAGGUACGUGUUUGCAAAGGGCAUCAGUGUCUUAACAGCGCGAUUUGCCAAUGCAGGAUACUAAUGAGUGAAGCCCAAUACAGACAUCUGGCAGUGGCUUCUGAUUUAAAUUCAAUUUUCACAGAAUCGCUUGUUGCAAUUUUGACGAGGCUGUCUCGUUCAGAUAUCGAAACGUGUCAAUACGUUGGCGUUGGCGUGGACCCCAGCGCUGACCCCGAGCUUGCUCUGCGUGUGCCCAUGGAGGAGCAGAGACAGAGGCAGGAGGAGGAGGCUCGCCGAGUGGCUGUUGCUUCUGCAGCCGAUGUCACCACAGUGUAUGAAUCUGAGGAUGCCCUGCUAAAGAUGUCGGUGACUCAGCCUGAGACUGGUAGAGCUGCAGUGCUGCCUGACUGCAGCAAUAUGACCAAGGAGGAGCAGAUUGCAUAUGCCAUGCAGAUAUCCCUGUCCGGAGAAGAGUAUGGAGAUGUGAUGGCUAUGGACACAGGUGCCCCCAUGGACACUGAGACUGCCAAGGUGGAUGAUGACUAUGAUGUAAUGCAGGACCCAGAGUACCUCCAAAGCGUUCUGGAGAACUUGCCAGGUGUCGACCCUAACAAUGAGGCCAUCCGAAACGCCAUGGGCUCCCUGGCCUCCCAGACAGGCCCACCCAAGCCUGACAGCAAGAAGGACGAGGAGAAGAAGAAAUGAGGAAUGGGGACAGACAGAUUGACGACACCCAUGGGGCUGCAUCCGAAAUGGCACCGCACUGGUCUAAAGUAGUGCACUAUAAGGAAUAGGGUACCAUUUCAGAUGAAACCAUGGACAACCAGACAAAGACAUGACACAUAUAGGGUUGACACUGACAUACGGGAACACAGUUGGACGGACACGAAUGCAUGAUAUGACUUACUGAUGAUGGACUGUCGACAAUAUCCACAAGAAACCCACAAGCACACACAAAUAGACCAGACAACAGUAAGACCAAACUGGGAUGCCACCAGUCUUUACUGCCAUUCAAUUGAAUAUGAUCUUCUUAUCUGCAUAUAAUCUCAGUGUAAUAGACAUCAUUUCUGGUUUCUCACUGAUUUACCCUGUCCUAACUGACUGACUCGCCAACUGGCAUUAUGGCAUUUAAUGACAGGUCCCCAAGCUUGUAAACUAAACAGCAUCCAUCUUUCCUUUUUUUCCUUCUGUUGCAAUAAAAAAGAUGGAUGAAGCUUGUUUGUAUGAAUGUUUUCUUUUAUGACCCUCUCUACUCCAUAUAGCUAGAAUAGGAACGUUUUAAUAAGAGAACAUGUUUCCCAUGCCAAUAAAGCCCUUACAUUGAAAUUUAA